AUGAUAGAGAUCACAGAACUCCAGAAGAUUGGUGUGGGACUUGUGGGGUUUGGGGCAUUUUUCCUUCUUUUUGGAAUCCUGCUGUACAUGGACUCUGUGCUGCUUGCAUUUGGAAAUAUCCUGUUCUUGUCUGGUCUGGCCGUUAUCAUUGGACUAAAGAGGACCUUUGGCUUCUUCUUUCAGAGGCAAAAGCUUAAGGGGACCUCUUUCUUUUUGGGAGGUAUACUCAUUGUCUUGCUUAGGUGGCCUGUCCUGGGCAUGCUACUGGAGACCUAUGGCUUCAUCACGCUCUUCAGGAACUUCUUCCCAAUAGCCUUUGGAUUUCUGGGAUCAUUGGUGAAUAUCCCAUUUUUGAGCAAGUUGUUCCAAAAACUUGGAGACACCAGCUCCGUGGUAUAGCCUGGAUGGACAGUGUCAAGAGAAAGACAGCAUCAUCUUCGACAAGCAAA